AUGAAAUCUGCAUUCUUCUUACUUUUUCUCGUGGCCCUCUUCGUUUGCAACUCUCCAUUUUCUUAUGCAGCAGAAGCACCUAACCCGGUGCUUGAUGCUAAAGGGAAAAUGGUCCGAUCCGGUGCACGGUAUUACAUAUGCCCCGUAUUCCCAAGUACCGGCGGCCUCACACUAGAGAGCCUAGACAACAAGCCGUGCCCUCUUGACAUUGUACAAGAGGAUCAGGUCCCAGGACUUCCAGUGUCAUUUUAUCCUAUUAAUCUUAAAAAGGGCGUUGUUCGUGUUUCCACGGAUCUCAACGUUGAAUUUCCAACUGCUUGGCCAAAUACAAUCAGAAACUGGUUUAAGAUUGAGCCAUACGGCCCCGGGUUGUACAAGUUUCUUUACUGUCCCACAUUUAGCAAAGUGGCUUGCAAAUAUGUUGGGAUUGUCGUCCAAAAUGGGAAGAGACGUCUGGCUCUGAGCGAUGUGCCUAUGAAGUUUGUGUUGAAGCAAGCUUAG